AUGGCGGUUGCAACUGAAAUUUUUCACGGAUUAAGAACUGUUAUGAAUUUGAGCAGUGAAUGUUUAGAACCAUCUUCUCCAAGAAGUCCGUUAUAUAGUUUUUAUCAAACACAUUCUCCGCAAAAUGCAUCGCAAACGAUAAAAAAUUUCGAUCAACAAAUGAAUUAUAAAUAUUUGGAAAGUUCUCCGGAUCAAUGUCAUUUAUCAUCAUCAUCAUCGGAAAGUUUUCGUUCGAUAAGUCCAAAUUCUGAUUUUAGCACCGAACAAGAAUUUACACGUAAAAAUUUGAGCAACAGCGGGAACGACAGCAGACAUUAUGGAGUUUUACGUUCGUCCGAAUCUUUAAUUUUCGAUGAUGUUUUUCAAUACGCAAAACAUAAUCAAAGAAAAUUUGAAAAUUAUUCGACAGCCGUAACGAAAAAUACAAUUUUUAACGAAACGGAGGCUAAGGAUAAAUUAAUAGUUGAUAAUUACGUGAGAACAAGACAGCGUAAAAUAAAAAAAAAUAAAGGGAAGUUUUAUGAAUUCGAUGAUGAAAAUACAAACAGCAGCACGAAUAGUUACGGCGAAGAAGAAAGGGAAUUUGCCGAUGAAUACGACGAAGAAUUUUUUAAAAAAUCAGGAAGAAAAAAAAAUUCGCAAAAACUCAUAAGUCCAUCGAUAUUAAAGAAAAGAAGAUUGGCUGCCAAUGCUAGAGAAAGAAGAAGAAUGGAAAAUUUAAAUAAAGCUUUUGAUAGAUUGAGAACUCAUCUUCCAUCUUUAGGUAGCGACAGACAAUUGUCAAAAUAUGAAACAUUACAAAUGGCGCAAACUUAUAUAAGUGCAUUAUGUGAUUUGUUACAAUAA